AUGCCACAACCCCAGGGUCAGAAUUUCGAAGUGCAAGGACGUAACAUCAACUUUAAUCUGCGAAUUGAGUUAGUGCUAGGCGACAUUGACGAAAGUAGCGUAGAACUUGCUAGUGUAAGUGAGGCAAAUGUUGAUAGCAACGACCCCUCAGCACUCAACGACGAGGCUCCACUUCUGCCAGUGAAUGAUGAUGAAAAAUACAAGACGGACUCCAUCGCCAGUCUCAAAGAGCAACUGCAGCUGACGGAGAUGAAGUGCUCUGGGAAAUUAAGGCUGGAAGGGCUGUACCAAAAGUACCGACUGCGCUGGUUGGAGGAAAACUAUUGA